AGAACACACGACAUGUCGUUUAUAUGCGUCUCUCCUUUGUAAGUACAAGGAGGAAACGUUCCAGGAUCUGAAGUCCCCAAAAAGCAAUGGGAGAAGCUUUGUUCGAGCUGGAGCAACAUCUAAGGUACAAACAGGUAAAACUGACGCCUGAAGAAACUAAGAUUCUUCUUACUUGCAAGUCCAAAGCUGUCAGGGAGUUUACAUUCGGAGGUCUUGCUGCUUGCACUGUUGCCUGGACAGCAUCAAAGAAGCUGAAUACGUUUAUUCGACUUAACCUUUCAGGAGGAGCUGCUGCUCUAUUUGGACUAUGGAGCUUGUCUAGGUCCUUAAAUUCAUGUGUUAACCAUAUUCUUUCUCAGGAUGGAAGUCGUAUGCAGGCGGAGUUAGCAACUAUAAUGGUGAAUAAGUAUCAGAAUGAUCCUUCUAUGAUGGGGCUUAUCUCUAAACAGUUCUAUUCUGAGAAAGUUUUUGAUGAUGCGAACUCAGAUCAGCCAACACUGAGGUGGCGUUAUCGGAAUUAUUUUAGUGAUAACAUUAGCCAUGGUCGAAGAACAGAUUACAGCGAUUCUCAAGGUGAUCCGGACCAGGCUUCCCAUGGUGACCAUCAGAGUUCCUCUGACAGUGAUUCCCGGAACACCCAGAAUGACUCCCACAAAAUACGUUUUGCUCCCAAACAAGUUCCUGUGAACUCUGCUGUUGAUGUAAUGGUCGACCCUUUUGAUUGCGUGUUUGGUAAUACAAGCGAGGAGAUUCUUCCUCCAAGUACCUCUAGCACUGUCAAUCCCCCAAAAGUACAGACUCGUAAACAUAGAAGAUCUCACCGUAGGCGUCAUAUGCACCAUGAGGAAGACGUACCAAAAAUGCAACAUACGUAACAGAGUCGAAUGUGGUUGAGCAUACGAGAAGAUCAAAGGGGAGAGCUUAAGGGAAGUACAAAUUGCCCUUUCAAUUGCCUUGUGUUUGUCAGACCUCCAGGAAGAGGAGCAUCUCUGUCUCAAUUUACCACAGUAUCAGGCAAGUUACUGUCAUUUACUUUUCACCGCUGUGUAAUUAUUGCUGAAUCAAUAGUUAAAGUUCCAUUUGGGCUCAUUAUGCAUUUGAA